GAACUUGCUUGCGUCAUUACAGGAGCUGCCCUGUCACGCGCUGUUAGUAAAAGUUGGGAUUGAAGAUAUAGACGUAGGAAAGCGAGACGGGCACCGGCCAUCCUGUCAUCGUCGAUCCCCCCUUCCGUCCCAGUGCUCAGUGCAAAGAGCCCAGUGUAUCACGACGUCUUCCGAAAUUAAUGAAAUCGACAAAAUAAGGGCGAGUCGUAGGGCGAGAGAGACACACGGCAAAACUCUGGGAACACAAACAAGUCAGGAUCACGGAGCUUCACCAUCAAACUUCUUACAAAAACAUUAUUUCUAACUCCCCUUUUUACUGCAGACAAAAAAGAAAACGGACCCAAGCAAAAAAGUUGGUGUUUAAAUGCGUUGAAACAAGGACCGGUGCAAAGAGUGACGGGGAGCACCCGAGCGGCUAAACCGAUGACUACUGCAAAGUGCAACGGCAAUGACGAGCUGGACUUCAGACUGAUCUUCGGGGAAGACGGGCAGCCUCCAUCGCUAGGCCCUGCAGAGCUGGAACCAGAUGACAGUGCUUCAUUUUACAUGUUUAACAUUGAACAGCCUCCAUCUGCUAACCAGGGUAUAAGCAUCCCCCGACAUGGAUUACAAUCUCUGUCUCCCAUCAUUUCACCACAACUUCGGUUACAAGCUCACAAAAGUUACGAGGGGUCUUGUGAUGUCCAGGAGCUUAAAUAUAGCCCAGUGGGAGGUCCUAAAACAUUUGAGUGCCCAAGCAUUCAGAUAACUUCUAUUUCUCCAAAUUGUCAGCAAGAAAUUGAAGAAGCUAAUGAACAUGCACUUCAGGCUAACAGUCCAGAGAAUGACUACAGUAAAAGCCCCUUGUUAAGGGACCACCUGUACCUUCCACUUGAUCAUUCUUACAGAGAUACCUCCUUAAGUCCAAGUCCUGCUAGUAGUCUUUCUUCUAGGAGUUGGUACUCUGAUGCUUCCUCAUGUGAGUCAUUUUCACAUGUUUAUGAUGAUGUUGAAUCUGAACUGAAUGAGGCAGCAGCCCGGUUUAAUAUAGUAUCUCCUUCAACCUCACCUGGUGGGUCUCCAAGACGUUGUCCUGGCGAUGAAUUAUGGCAGGCCACCUAUGGCUAUGCCAAUUCGUUGUCUCCAAGGCAGUCACCAUGCCAUUCGCCUAGGAACAGCAUAACAGAUGAAAACUGGUUAAGUCCAAGGCCACCUUCAAGACCUUCAUCAAGACCAACUUCCCCUUGUGGCAAAAGACGUCACUCCAGUGCUGAUAUUUGCUAUCCAAGUUCUCUGUCUCCACAUCACUCACCAACACCUUCUCCAGGACACUCACCUCGAAGUAGCGUGAUUGAUGAUACUUGGUUAAGCAAUACUUCAUUUCAAAGUGGACAGGGGAUUAUUUCUGGUUUAUCACAGUUUCAGUGCUGCCCCACUGAAGCAGACAUACCUACCAAGACCAGGAAAACCUCUCAGGAUCAGACAACUACUCUUUCAGGGAAGGUUGAUCAAUGUCUUGAUGACACAGGGAAUAUAUCUCCAUCACUGGAUUCUCCUGUAGAUGAUGCACAGCAUGCACUAAAGAAAGAUGCAACUGGAGAACAAUUUCUUUCUGUUCCCUCACAUUUCACUUGGAGCAAACCUAAACCUGGCCAUACUCCUAUUUUUCGGACAUCAUCACUACCACCAUUGGACUGGCCUUUACCCAACCAGUUUGGACAGUAUGAACUAAAGAUUGAGGUUCAUCCCAAAGCACAUCACAGAGCACACUAUGAAACUGAAGGCAGUCGAGGAGCUAUAAAAGCCACUUCUGGGGGACACCCUGUAGUGAAGCUUCUAGGAUAUAAUGAAAAAGCAGUGAACCUUCAGAUGUUCAUUGGAACAGCAGAUGAUCGCUACCUAAGACCACAUGCCUUCUACCAGGUGCACAGAAUAACUGGGAAGACCGUUGCAACAGCCAGCCAGGAAACCAUAAUUGCUAGUACAAAGGUCCUCGAAAUUCCUCUUCUCCCUGAAAACAACAUGUCAGCCAGCAUUGACUGUGCCGGCAUUUUGAAAUUAAGAAAUUCAGAUAUUGAACUUCGGAAAGGUGAAACCGACAUAGGCAGGAAGAACACCCGUGUGAGAGUAGUGUUCCGUGUACAUAUCCCACAAGCUGGAGGAAAAGUGCUGUCCUUACAAGUGGCUUCUAUUCCUAUUGAAUGUUCUCAACGAUCAGCCCAGGAGCUUCCACAAAUCGAGAAAUAUAGCCUGAGUAGCUGUUCUGUUAAUGGAGGAGAAGAGAUGGUGAUCACUGGCUCUAAUUUUUUUCCAGAAUCAAAAGUAGUUUUUCUAGAGAAAGGUCCAGAUGGAAGACCACAAUGGGAAGUAGAUGCAAAAAUAAUGCGUGAGAAAUGUCAAGGGUCUAACAUAGUUGUUGAAGUUCCUCCAUACCGAAGUAAAACAAUCACUUCUGCAGUCCAGGUGCAGUUUUUUGUUUGUAACGGAAAGAGGAAAAGAAGUCAGUCUCAACGAUUUACGUAUUUGUCAGUUUUAAUUAAACAGGAACACCAAGAAGACCCCGAUUUGCCUACAACACAGCCUAUUUCUGUGCCCAUGCCAGGAAUCCAUGCAGUAAGAGCACAACUAGCUUCUUCUGAUCCUAGUCAUCUUCAUGAGAGCCUUCUGUCUGUGUCACCAAGGAACCUUGUUUCUUCACUACAGCACCCACAGCCUGCAUAUGCACCCAUAGUCGCAUCAGCAAUACAGCAUAUGCCUAACGUCCAAGCUCUUAGUAUUGGUAAUGCUUCAGACUGUCAAAUGGUUAAUCCAUCAAUAGUGCAUCAGAAUUUCCAUAAUUCACCACCUCCACCUGUGAGGCCUUCCUAUCAGACUAUGCAGCAAAGCAUGAUGUACAAUGGACAGUCUGGUCUUCCCAUGAACUCUGCCUCCUCCCAGGGAUAUGAAAGGGUGCAGUUCCAGUCUGAUGCUGUAGUAUCCCAUCCUUUAAAUCAUGGAUGCCAGCCUAUUGUUUAUCACUCCUCAAGUCCAGGUUCCACGUCUACGCCACCACCUCCUGUACUUCAAAUGGCUGCAUCAUCUCAUUCAGGGCAAUCCACACCUAACUUGCCACCACUUGGGUAUCACUGUCCAAAUGCACCUACAGCUUCUUCACCAACAGCUGCUCUUCCUUUGGCACAUCCCUCACAACAUAUGCAGUCAAUGUCCUAUCAUUCUGCAAAUCCGGGAGCUGCCUCAUCUCCCUCCCCAACUGCUCCACUCGGUAUGGUGCAUUCUCCACACUCUGGGCCGUCCUCCCCCCAGAUGCAUUCAAUGCCAUACCAAUCCCCCACCUCUGGGCCAGCUUCCUCUCCUUCUCCAACGUCUGCUACUUCUAUGAUUCAUCUGGCACAUAGUGGGCAGCAGUCUCCUCAGGCGCACAGUCCAGUAAUGACCAGUCUUUCUGGAGCCACAUCAAUUAUCCAGCAACAUGUACAUGAUUCUACACCAUACUCUACAGAAAAAGGCAGUCUGGACAUUAAACAAGAACCUGAAGAAGGUGAACUAACUUUCCAGUCCAUCGGUCUACAGGACAUCACACUUGAUGAUGUGAAUGAGAUCAUAGGGCGGGACAUGUCCCAGUCUCCUGAGGCCCAUGGGACAGCCACACAUAUGGCUGCAGUUUCCAGGUCCACCUGAGAUCAAACCCCACCAUCUCCGGCUCCUUACACUACUGUGCUUCCAAAUCUGUGGCCUUUCUGGACUGGAGCAUCGUCUGGAUACAAAAUUGUGGUUUGACUAAAGAGAUAUGCCUUGGAUUUCUAGCUCUCAUUCACAUGAGUGUACAUGAAGUACUAAGUCUUGUUUUCUUUCCAGCACUGUUAGGUGUACAUGUCGGGGUGUUUGUGUGUGUUUGUGUGUGUGUGUGUGUGAGGAGCCUGACUUGCGAGGGCAGGGAAGCUCUUUUAACUUUUAACCUGCAUUAUUGUAGCCAGCUUUAUAGCUUAGAACUACUGAAGUAACUGCUUUAGCCUGGCCGUCACUCGAUGCUCCUUUGUAGUAUGAAAAGCAAACAAAUUUUACUGAAAUACAAGAUCUUUGAGUUUUCGUUUCCAAGAAAACUGCAAAAGGUAAUACUUCAGCUAUAACGACAAAGUGGAAGUCUAUGACGCCUAAUGUACCGCAUAGCAAUGUUCACAAAUACCACGUCUGUAAGCCACAGGCUCCAAUAUGAACGCAACCAUUCCACUAGGAACUAUUAAUGAAUCGCAACAUUCCACACAUUUGUUUCUUUAAAGUUUUAUAGUUUUAUAGAAAAAUAUCUGUAAUUCAGGUAGCAGUACAGAUGCCUUACACAUUUGCUGUAGCUUUGAAUAAGAAAUCUUUUUAUAAUAGUUUGUAUUAGAUAAUCAGAUUUUUAUGUCACACUUCACAAGGGCAUAAUGCUGGAUGAAGUGUGCUACACGCGUACACACAUCCUGAGUCACUUUGCUGUAGCCAGUCGCAGCCCAAAUCCCAAAUCGGAGGACAAAGUAAGUAUCUGUUUAUGUAGGCGCACCUUAAAGACAAGUUCUGGAAAAGUGUUCAUAAAUGUAGCAGUUUUAAAUUUCUGAGUAAACUGUACACACUUAAAAAUCCUCUGCACAGUCCUAGUGAGUAGGAGUGCGUUUGUGCCUUUUUUAUCAACAUAGCUAAUGCUUUUAAUAUUUAUUUAAGAUGUGGAAUGCACAUAGUUAAAAUUGAAACAAAUUAAAAUUGACAAUGUUGUUCUGUGAACAGCAUUAUAAAAUGCAUAGCGAGCAAAAGCCAAGCACAACAGAACAGAAUUUAUAAUGGGAGAUAUAUAUAUAUUAUUUUUUUUUUUUUAAAAAAAAGGUAGCACAGUAGAAGUGUGUCAUUUUCUUGCUGUGUCGUUUGUUGACAUUUAUGAGUAAGCAAAUAAUAAAAUAUUUUAUUGCCAAAAUAUUUGUGUAGAAAUAAGGAUUUAGAUGCGUGAAACAUGGGGUAGAUGUCAUUCUCAAAAGACCAAAUUGUAAAGAGAGUCUCCUGUGGUCCCCAUGCACAGUGCAAGACGAGCGUCCAGGCCUUGGAUCGAUCGCAGACGGCAGGUCUAUGCACAUUUCAGCUGGUUUGAUGCCAUAAGUGUCUGACUUUGUAGAUUUCAUUUGCAGUGAUGGCCACACCAUCGCAGCCGCCUGUACAAUCAAAAGAAGUGUUUGUGUGUGUGUGUUUGACCGAAUGUGUGUACAUAAGUGGAAAAAGACAACCUGCUAUGCACUAAAACCUUUCUGAUGCCUUUCGAAAACCUUGAUGCCUGUAGAUUUUAGAAGCUGUAGAGUUGCUUGAAUAUUAAAAGUACUGAAACCUUAAUAGUUGUAUAUAAAGAGAAGCACUUACCGUUGCUUCUGCAUAAUCUGCCUUGUAAAGAAUGCAAUACAAGGGUCUUAAGAUUUUUUUUUAUGCUGUUCUUGUUUUUUUGGCUGUAGUUAAGGACUGUUCGAUUUUUGUUUUGAUGUUAAAGCACACAAGACCUUGGGCUAUGCAACUAAAUCUCCACUCUUUGGAGCACUUUGUAAUUAUCUAACGCCAGGCAGAUGGAAGGAUGACUUUGUGUUUCUGUGCAGACGAUAUGUGCUGACACAAGGAAAGCUCAGUUGGCACGCAGGAUGUGCUCUGACUUGGUGGUUGGAAUGUGGCCUGUUCUGGGGAAGCUUUCUUUGCAAUGGUCCAUUUUAGAAAUGGGGAGCUGCGUCUGACCAAGUGCGUGCAUGCGUGUGCAUUGCGUGUUAGUCCGUGAUAGACUGGCACCCCUCGUGAGCCUGGCAAUAGGCGUGGUGCUUUUGCAUUCUUCAAACCGAUUUAGAAUUUACAAUGCAUACAGUAGAAAAGCCUUAACACUUUCAACUUUUUAUAACUUCUAGUUUUAAGCGUAGUUUGUUAUUAAGAUCCACAUACAGAAGCAAAAGGAGAAAAAAAAAGAGAGAGAGAUACUGAGUAACUUUACAUUGUGGUGAAAGCUCUCUAACAUAAUGGCAAACAUUUUCCCUAUUCAUUGUGUCAAUGGAGCUGCCAUUAUUUUUUAACCAAAGAGUAAAAAGAAAUGUUUUAUGAUCGUUUUACUUCCUGGUGUGAAUACAAUUCUUCAAAGCUCUAUUUUUGAUACUCCAAAGAGGAAUAUCAUUCCUCGGGGUUAGGGGGGUGUGGGGUUGGGCAGUAAUGGGUGAUAAGUCAAUGUUUUUAAAAAAAAAAAAAAAAAAAAAAAUUAAUAAUAAAAGGGAAGAUGUAGGCAAAGAGAACUGUUUAGCUGAUGUUUACAGAGCCUUGUAUUGUAAUUUCUUGUACAUUUUGUAUUUUAACAUUUUGUAAUUUUUAAGAUUGCAGUGCUAUUUGGAAACAUUCAAAGGGAAUACCUUGCAAUGUAGGCUCUUUAGUCAUAGUGUAUAAAUAAAAAUGAAAAUGCAACAAAAA